AAAGCAACAUGCAUCAAAUAUGAAUUAAAUGACCUCAUUACUUCAGCUUACGAGGGUCUAGAAGGUCCAUCAUCCUAUUAUAGACAUGACGCAAGACCAGAUCAUCUCCACAUUCUAUGAAAUACCAGGUCAACACUUUCUCUUGGUAUAAUAUAUCCAGUUCUCGACCAAGAAAGAGGGUUCAAAAAAAAAGAAGCUUAUUUCCGUAUACAAUCCAUACUCGUAAAUGAAUACCAACCUUGACGAUGAUAAUAAGAUCCAGCGUACUACUCUAGAUUAGCCCUUUCACCCAUUCAUCCAUUCGUAUCACUUGGUAUGGAUUGGAAAGACAACAGGAUAUAUUUGCCACGUGACUUUCGGGUUACCCGCACUUCUGCUCCUCGGCCUCAUUCCGCAUAACUUGAAUUUUAGAACCGGGCGGUAUUUACCAUCGCUAUCUUGAAUCAACAUCCACACAACAUCCAGACAACAUCCACAUAACCGUAUAACAAUGCCCCCUAGAAGCCACAGAGAGUCAGCAUCUGAAUCAGAACUGAGCCGUCACAACACAAUACCUGGAGGUUCCACCCAUGGUAACAGCACCAAUGUUGGUAAAUCCACACAAAAGGCCAAGAACCAAGCAGCUCAAGCAGCCCAGCAGAAUUACCUUGCCCGCCACAUAAAUUCCAAUGGGCCCCAGGAUCGCGAGCCUAUCCAUCCUCUUGACUUUGAAGCAUUUGAUGACGCAGUAUUGAUGCGAUAUAACGAAAAGUAUGGGUUGAAUUUGCCCAGACCAGAAACCGUCAACUCUGAUAUUUUAAAUAGUGAAAUUGGGAAAAAGACCUUUUCUAAACGAAGCAAGAAGAGAGAAGCCAAUGGAAGGAUAUCAAAGCCUGAGUUGGCUAACCAUUUAAAGAGUCACUUUAUGGCGUUGGGAAGCAAAGAGAAUGAAAUUAUUACCGGGUUUUUGUAUAAGGUGAAGCACCAAGACAAUGAUUUUAAGUUGACCUUUACUGGGUAAUGGCCGAAUUACUUUGUCUAAUCGAGUCAUGCUAGAAUUACUUGUGCUUUUUCACAUGUGUAUAUUAUUUAUCGUUCUAAUGGCAACAUCUACC